CACACUGCAUGCUAAUGCAAUCUCAGUGAGCACUAAAACACAUCUUAAAAUUAGCUCAUUCCGACUGACAGGGCAACAGAAGGAGCAUAUCAUCUGAAUUUCCCCCUUUGGCGAUACCUGCUGAUUGGGUCCUUAAAAAGCCAACGGCUUUUAACUUUUAAUAUUUGGCUCUUCACUUCUGCACAGAGUACUAGGGAUAGAUAGAUUUUUUUUUUAUCUCUCUCGGUCUUGGAGGAUUUAAAUAAAAUCAAUCAGUUUGUAAAAUCGUUUUAUUUUAUUUCUCUACUCUUGAGUUCCGAGCUGUCCGCGCGGAUGAGCGCGCGCGUUGGCGUUCUGCUGGAGAAGUUCUGCCAAACUUUAAGGAUGAUAUACCUUGGAUGCGUUCUGCUGCUCUGUGGGCUUAAGCAUGUUAUGGCAAGCUAUCCCAUCUGGUGGUCACUAGCAGUUGGCCACCAGUAUUCAUCAAUAGGUACCCAACCUAUCCUUUGUGGCAGUAUACCAGGUUUGGUGCCCAAGCAGCUGCGCUUCUGCCGGAACUACGUUGAAAUCAUGCCCAGCGUAGCCGAGGGGGUGAAGAUCGGCAUCCAAGAGUGCCAACACCAGUUCAGAGGCCGGCGCUGGAACUGCACAACGGUCAACGACAAUUUGGCUAUCUUUGGGCCAGUCUUGGACAAAGCCACUCGAGAGUCUGCCUUUGUUCAUGCCAUUGCGUCAGCGGGGGUUGCUUUUGCUGUGACCCGGGCUUGCGCUGAUGGUUCAGCCACCAUCUGUGGAUGCGACGCACGUCACAAGGGACCCCCUGGAGAGGGCUGGAAAUGGGGUGGCUGCAGUGAAGAUGUUGAAUUUGGAAGCAUGGUGUCCCGUGAGUUUGCAGACGCGAGGGAGAACCGUCCGGAUGCACGCUCUGCCAUGAACCGCCACAACAACGAGGCAGGAAGAAUGUCCCUCAAUGACAACAUGUUCCUGAAGUGCAAGUGCCAUGGGCUCUCAGGCAGCUGUGAAGUCAAGACAUGCUGGUGGUCUCAACCAGACUUUCGGGUCAUUGGAGACUACAUGAAGGACAAAUAUGACAGCGCUUCUGAGAUGCUUGUGGAGAAACACAAGGAGUCCCGCGGCUGGGUGGAGACAUUGAGACCCAAGUACAACUACUUCAAGCCCCCCACAGAUCGUGAUCUGGUUUAUUACGAAAGCUCCCCCAAUUUUUGCGACCCCAACCCAGAGACAGGAUCCUUUGGUACCCGAGAUCGCAUCUGCAACCUGACAUCCCAUGGCAUAGACGGCUGUGAUCUACUAUGUUGCGGCAGAGGUCACAACACCAGGACUGAGAAGAGGAAGGAGAAGUGUCACUGCAUUUUCCAUUGGUGCUGCUAUGUCAGCUGCCAGGAAUGUGUAAGAGUCUAUGAUGUGCACACCUGCAAAUAAACAUGUAGAGGUUCUCAAAAAGCCAUAUCAGAACAUUUUAGAAGGCAGAGGAACAAAUACAGGUUUCUUCCUAGAAAACGUGUGUUGUUUAAACACUGACGACUGCCCUGGUGUUCUACGCUGGGAUGCUACAAAGAGCGAGUCUGUGCAAAUCAGCUCAACCUGAAAGCAUCAUUCAUAAAGUGGAGUGUCUAAGGCUAUGUUUUAAAGGUUUUGCAUGCUGAAGUUGGAACAAAAGAACUGUUGGCAAAAAAGCAAACACCAUAUUGGUGUUUUUGUCUUCUAUGUAAAUAGUAGCUAUUUUUGUUAAGAAUUAAACAGCACUGUCAUUGUUUCCCCUGACAUUUAAUCCUCUUUCAGUUUUGCCACAAAAAUACUUUAAUUUACCUUACAAGAAACUCAACAAGCAAGCAUUCCCUUCCUCUGUUUAUUUGUAUUUCUGCCUAUGUUUGAACUAACAUAAUCACAGUUUCAUAGUGUUAUUGAUAUUUAGUAAAGAAUGCACUUGCACCUCAGUGAAUGUAGCUAUUUACUGUAACAUGUUUACACAUCCUUAAGCUAACACGUAAUUAUCUCAUUUAAACGAAUAACAUUAUCUAAGAGUAACCAGAGAAGCCAGACAUGGUUGAACACCAGAAAAAGACAAAACAUUUAACCCAUUCCAUUUACUUUUUUAUUGUUUAGAAUUCCUGCAAUGGGGUUCUGUAAAAAGCUUAUAUGCGGUUAUAUGCAAUUUAUUAUCUGCAGCACAUUACUCUCAUUGGCAUUUAAAACAUGAAAUGGUACGGAAGGCAAAAGUGAUUGGCUAAUCUCAGAGGAGCCAAGAAAAUAGUUGACUUUUCCCAUCUCAAAACAAAUCCAUAUUUAAAAGUGUCAUACUUGUCCAUGCAAUUUGCAGGUCAGUUGGUAUUUUGUUACUUUAAAAAUGCUUCACCUGUACAUGAUGUUGAUACAGAUGGACAUCCAGCCCCCUGUAUAAAGUCAAAUUUAAAAGAUAUUCCAAAUUCCUUUUUGGAACACUUUUGGUACAGUACAAAGUAAUUGUCUAUGAUGUUUCUUUGUUUCAUUUUAAAAUGAUUGUCUAUAGAAACUCAAACAUUUACUUUUACUCAAAUCCAAAGUAAAUGUAAGCAAAGAAUUUUGGCUAAAAGAUUGAUUUGUUAGAGAUUUUGGCUUCUGCAAAGAGACUGAAAAUAAAUAGAAAAAAAAAGAUUAUUUUCUUGAAGUUUCUUUUAGUAAAGCUUAUAUUAUAACUUAUCUUCGUUUGUUUUUCAACAAAUUUCCAUCCACUUUUUUAUAUCAUUUUUAAUACAGAAAAAAAUGCUUUGCACAUGAGUUAUUCACACAUUAAAUAAAUAUAUAUACAUAUAUUUAAGUAAAACCACUGUAACAUUUCUGCUGCUUCCAAUGCUUAACCUGUUGUUUCACCAACUUACAGUUGGAAAUUGGUUCUGUUCUCAGCAUGAUUUUCACACAGGAACAUUUUGGAUGUCUACUUAGUAUCUCCAUUUUCAUUGUAAAUAACCACUGGCUUCUCUGCAAUUUUUAAAAAUAAUGAUAGCCUUUGAUAGUGUUUCAAAUUCAGUUAAUUAAUUUUAGUUCAUCUAUAAUGUUGAUAAGAUCCUAGUCAAAACAGGCUAAUAAAAGCCGAUCAUAUAGGUAAAAGUCUCAGAAUUGUAUUGAACUGCUGACUUUGCAGCAUUUUUUGGAUCAACUUGUUAACCUUGCAGCAGUCUUUCAUUGUGAGCAGGCACUGUGUGACAAUGGAAAAGAAAAACUCCUUUUUACAGGAGAAACCUGCACCAGUACCUGAUUCAUUAGAAGCAGUUAUUUGCCAUAUAUGACUGUGUAUGAGAAGCCAGACCAGACACACUAAGGUUAUGGACCAUGAACACACAUAUUAAAGAGAAAUAAAGAACAAAAGUCUGAAUAUCAAGCUAUAUUUUAUUCUUUAAAAUUAAGUUUAGCUUAAAAAGAGGGGUGUCCACUUUUUAUCUCCUUUGUGUAUUAACCGUUAGAUAUAAAUAAAUGCGCUGAGUCAUUUGCUCAUGAAAGACAGAUUUUAUUCAAAGUCCGAUACUGAAAUCUUUCUGUAAAAUCUAGAAAAGGCUAUACUUUUAAACACAUUGGUGUCCAAAAGAAAAAUAAAAUAAAAUUGUAAUCAAAUAUCUAUAGCUAAGACUUCGAGGUCAGCUGAGAAAUAUGAAGUGCUCUCUACCUGAUUCUGAUGAUAUUAGUAAAGUCCCAUGUUAUCCAAUGUGGACAUUACUGUUAUUUGUGAAAGAGACCUGUCUUGUUAUGUAUAGUUAUGACUUUAAUCAAUCAGAAGGUUACGCUGCAGCAAUAUUAGAUAAAGAUAACAAAAGGGAUGAAUAAGGAUGUUUUAUAAGCUCUUUGUAUUGCAUUUGCUAUAGAAAAAUGACCAAAACCUUUUUUUUCAAUGAUUCCAAGCUAUGGCUUCCUGUUCCGCAAAACUAAGUAAAGAGCAGCACCAGUGAAGCUAACAACACUCCCUUAUUAUAAUGCUGCUAAGGUAUCAUAAGUUCAAGUGUUUGUUUUUCAACUUACAUAUUUGUUCCUGUGUGAUAAUGUUAUUAUAUGCAUAUUGUGAUUCUUUCCGUGAAAGAUACUUUUUAUUGUAGUUGGUAAAAAUGUGAAAAACGUGUUUUACAAAUUUUUGCUCAAAGUUAUACAGAUUUAUCUUAAUAGAGUAAUAUAGAGUUAGCUAGGGUUUUUUUUUUUUUUUUUUUGAUUGUCUGGAAGUUCAUUGUCAUGCUAACUAUUAAGUCAAUGAGGUGGCAUAGAUGGACAAAAGCACAUCAAUAUAGGGCUGAAUUCAAAUGCACAAGAGAAAUAAAGCACAAGAAUUAACAGCCAAACAAAGAAAAAAAACAUUUAAGACAGCA